AUGCGCGGCCGCAGGCGCCGGAAGCAAGCUGGGCCUCCCGAGUGCAGACGCCCCGCGCAUCUCCCGCUUAAUCUGCGCAGGGCGGCUGGCCACUCCCUCCACCCUGCGCAGCCACCUCCCCACCGCCACCCCUCAAAGUCCCCACCUCCGACCCCUCUACCCGCCUGGCCCCCAGGACCUGGGGAGCAUCACCUCCGUAACCCCUUACCCUGGAUCCACGCCCACCUGCCCCGCGGCGCCCGGCCCUGUCUCUUCCUGGGCACGAUGCCCGAGUUGAAGGGACACUGCCUGGGCUGCGUCUGUAAAGACAAAGGCCGGUGCUUCUGUGAUGAGAUCAAAGGAGAGAAGGGGGAGAAAGGUCUCCCUGGACCCCCGGGCUCUCCUGGCCAGAAAGGAUUCCCAGGUCCUGAAGGCUCACCUGGACCCCAGGGACCCAAGGGCUCUCCAGGAUUCCCAGGACUCACUGGUCCCAAAGGUGUGAGGGGAUUAACUGGAUUACCGGGGUUUUCUGGUCCUCCUGGACUUCCAGGCAGCCCAGGCACUGCUGGCCCUUAUGGACUUGCUGGGUUACCAGGAUGCAAUGGUUCGAAGGGUGAGCAAGGGUUUCCAGGACUUCCAGGGACACCAGGCUACCCAGGGAUCCCGGGUGCUGCUGGAUUAAAAGGACAAAAGGGCGCUCCUGCUAAGGGAGAAGAUCUAGGACUUAAUGCAAAAGGUGACCCCGGGUUGCCAGGGGCUCCAGGAUCCCAGGGUUUGCCAGGCCCUCCGGGUUUUCCCGGGCCUGUUGGCCCCCCUGGCCCCCCAGGAUUCCUUGGCUUUCCAGGAGCCGCAGGAUCUACAGGACCUAAGGGUCACAUGGGUGACAAUGUAAUAGGACAAAAAGGAGAGCGGGGUGUGAAAGGAUUAACAGGACCCCCUGGACCACCAGGAACAGUUAUUGUGACCCUAACUGCCCCAGAAAACCGACCGGACCUCAAGGGGGAGAAAGGAGAUAAAGGAGCGAUGGGGAAACCUGGACCUUCUGGACCCUCAGGACCGCCUGGAGAAUCAUACGGAUCUGAAAAGGGUGCUCCUGGAGAACCUGGCCCGCAGGGAAAACCUGGAAAAGAUGGUGCCCCUGGCUUCCCUGGUAGUGAGGGAGCCAAGGGCAAUAGAGGCUUGCCUGGGUUACCAGGUGAAGAUGGAAUUAAGGGAUGGAAAGGGGACAUUGGCCCUCCAGGAUUUCGUGGUCCAACAGAAUAUUAUGAUGCCUACCAGGAAAAGGGAGAUGAAGGAAUUCCAGGCCCACCAGGGCCCAAAGGAGCUCGAGGCCCCCAGGGUCCCAGUGGUCCCCCUGGAGUUCCCGGAAGUCCUGGAUCAUCAAGGCCUGGCCCCAGAGGAGCCCCGGGGUGGCCAGGUUUGAAAGGAAGUAAAGGGGACCGAGGUCCCCCAGGGAAGAAUGCAGUCGGGCCUCCCGGGGCCCUGGGUUGUCCUGGUUCACCCGGCUCUCCAGGACCUCCAGGACCUCCAGGACCACCAGGUGACAUCGUUUUUCUGAAGGGGCCCCCUGGAGACCGGGGUCUGCCAGGCUAUCUGGGGCCUCCUGGAACCCCAGGAGCUGAUGGGCCCAAAGGAGAGCCAGGCCUCCCGUGCACGCAGUGUCCUUGUGUCCCAGGCCCUCCCGGCCUUCCUGGAUUGCCGGGAUUAGAUGGUGCAAAAGGAAUCCCAGGAGGGCAAGGUGCAGCUGGUCUAAAAGGAAGCCCUGGGUCCCCAGGAAGUGCAGGUCUUCCAGGAUUUCCGGGGUUUCCAGGUGCUCAGGGUGAUCCAGGACUUAAAGGAGAAAAAGGUGAAACACCCCAGCCUGCGGGGCAACAGGGCACCCCAGGAGAACCAGGGCUGAGAGGGCAACCAGGGAGGAAGGGCUUUGAUGGAAUUCCUGGAACUCCAGGAGAAAAAGGAUUACGAGGACCUAAAGGUGAACCGGCCCUGCGUGAUGAGAAGAUAGACCGGGGUCUCCCAGGGGAUCCUGGCCCCCCGGGUCCCCCAGGAGCAGCUGGACCACCUGGACCACGGGGACCCCCUGGACCCCCUGGCUAUGGACCCCGGGGAGAGCCUGGUCCCAAGGGCACCCAAGGAGUUCCUGGGCGCCCUGGGCGACCUGGAGAAGCCGGUCCUAAGGGAGAAUGCAGUGUUUCAACACCAGUUCCAGGCCCCCCAGGACUGCCAGGGCCCCCUGGCCGCACCGGCUCCCAAGGUCCGCCUGGUCUCCCUGGACCUAUGGGGAAAUGUGGUGAUCCUGGUCUUCCUGGGCCUGAUGGGGAACCGGGAAUUCCAGGAAUUGGAUUUCCUGGGCCACCUGGACCUAAGGGAGACCAAGGUUUCCCAGGAACAAAAGGAUCACCAGGUUGUCCUGGAAAAACAGGAGAGCCUGGGUUACCUGGAGAGCCAGGACUCCCAGGACUCAAGGGAGAGCCAGCACUAACCAUGCCUGGAGAGCCAGGACCACCAGGUUUUCCAGGAGAAAGAGGCAAUUCUGGGGAAAAUGGAGAAAUUGGACACCCUGGACUUCCAGGUCUCCCUGGAAUUCCAGGAAAGGAAGGGCUUGAUGGACCACGAGGAGAUCCAGGGCAACCUGGACCACCUGGAGAGAAAGGACCCCCAGGAAGGUGCAGAGAUGGCCCUAGGGGAGCCCCAGGACUUCCAGGGUUAAAUGGAUUGAAGGGGCAAGAAGGCAGAAGAGGUGAAACAGGGCCAAAGGGAGACCCGGGGAUUCCAGGCUUGGAUAGGUCAGGACUUCCUGGAGAACGUGGACCACCAGGAAUGCCGGGACAUCGAGGCGAGCUGGGACCACCUGGUCAGAAAGGGUAUCCAGGAAACCCAGGAUUCGUAGGGCCACCAGGAGACCGAGGCACCAUGGGGAUGAUGGGUUAUCCUGGAUCACCGGGCCUUCCUGGGCCUCCUGGGAACCCAGGUGCCCAAGGGCAGAGGGGUAGCCUUGGAAUUCCAGGAGUGAAGGGCAAGAGAGGACCCUUGGGAGCCAAAGGGGAACCAGGAGAUAAAGGAAAUCCCGGACCUUCUCAAAUAUCCCACUUAAUAGGAGACAAAGGAGAACCAGGUCAAAAAGGAUCUGCAGGAUUUCCUGGUGAAAAAGGAAACAGAGGCAUUCCAGGGUUGCCAGGUUUAAAAGGCCUCACAGGACUACGUGGGCCACCGGGACCACCAGGCCCCAAAGGAGAUCUGGGCAGUAUUGGAAAUCCUGGAGAACCAGGACCCCAAGGCGUGCCAGGAAGUGUGGGGAACAUGGGCCUACCAGGUUCUAAGGGAAAAAAGGGAACUAUGGGAUUCCCAGGUCAAGCUGGAAGACCAGGCCUCCCAGGUACUCAUGGUCUCCAAGGAGAUAAGGGAGAGCGAGGUUAUUCAGAAGGUACAAGGCCAGGACCACAAGGACCAAUGGGGGAUCCAGGAUUGCCAGGUGACAUGGGAAAGAAAGGAGAAAGAGGGCCACCUGGCCCACCUGGACCUUCAGGGCCUGCUGGACCCGAGGGACCGCCUGGACAUCCUGGAAGUCCCGGCCACCCAGGAAAACCGGGUCCUGGUGGUGAUUUGGGUAAUAAAGGAAUCAAAGGCUUCCCAGGCUCUCCAGGAAUGAAAGGCCCCCCAGGACUUCCAGGAUUCCCAGGAUCUCCUGGACCAAUGGGCAUAAGAGGUGAUCAAGGACGCGAUGGAAUUCCUGGUCCAGCCGGAGAAAAGGGGGAAACAGGUUUACUGGGGGCACAUCCAGGCCCAAGAGGGAACCCUGGUGCUCAAGGUGCCAAGGGAGACAUGGGAGUCCCAGGCUUGCCUGGACCCCCGGGCAGGAAAGGGCCAACGGGAGAUGUGGGGCUUCGAGGGCCCAUUGGCAUCAGAGGACUCCCAGGGCCACCAGGUUUGCCUGGCGCAGUCAUCCCUGGCCUGAAAGGAAAUCAAGGUCCACCAGGCUCAAGAGGAGAACCAGGUGAACCGGGUCCCCCCGGACUUCCAGGGAGUCAUGUAAAGGGCAUAAAAGGAGAAAAAGGCUUUAUGGGGCAGCCUGGCCGAGAGGGUCUACCUGGACCUGCAGGAGACAGAGGACUACCAGGUCAUCCGGGAGCACCAGGCAUCCCAGGUCUUCUGGGACUCAGAGGUGAUCCUGGAUUCUAUGGGUUUCCAGGCAUGAGAGGAGAGCAGGGUAAUCCAGGAUUUCCUGGAGCAACUGGGCCUCCAGGGCUGGUUGGACCAAAAGGAGCGCCUGGUAUACGUGGAGACCCUGGCAUAGCUAAGAUCAUCUCCCUCCCAGGAAGUCCAGGGCCACCUGGUCCACCCGGACAACCAGGGAUGCAAGGAGAACCCGGGCCUCCGGGGCCCCCCGGACACCUAGGACCUUGUGGGCCAAGAGGUAAACCAGGCAAGGAUGGAAAACCGGGAACUCCUGGACCAGUUGGAGAAAAAGGCAACAAAGGCUCUAAAGGAGAACGAGGCCCACCUGGGUUGGAUGGAUCGCCGGGUUUGAAAGGAAGACCUGGAGACACGGGACAACCCGCAAUCAGGACAAGAGGCUUUGUCUUCACCCGACACAGUCAAACAACAGCCAUUCCUUCCUGUCCAGAAGGGACAGAGCCGCUCUACAGUGGGUUUUCCCUUCUUUUUGUACAAGGAAAUGAAAGAGCACAUGGACAAGACCUUGGCACUCUCGGCAGCUGCCUGCAGCGAUUUACUACAAUGCCAUUCUUAUUCUGUAACAUCAACAACGUGUGUAGUUUUGCGUCUCGAAAUGAUUAUUCAUACUGGCUGUCAACACCAGCUCUGAUGCCAAUGGACAUGGCUCCAAUUACUGGCAGGGCCGUGGAGCCUUAUAUUAGCAGAUGCACUGUCUGUGAAGGCCCCGCAACUGCCAUAGCCAUUCACAGCCAAACCACCGACAUCCCUCCAUGUCCCCAAGGCUGGAUUUCUCUCUGGACAGGAUUUUCUUUCAUCAUGUUCACAAGUGCCGGUUCUGAGGGUGCAGGGCAAGCGCUGUCAUCCCCUGGAUCCUGCUUACAAGAAUUCCGAGCCAGUCCAUUUCUAGAAUGUCAUGGAAGAGGAACGUGCAACUACUAUUCAAAUUCCUACAGUUUCUGGCUGGCUUCACUGAACCCAGAAAGAAUGUUCAGAAAACCUACUCCAUCGACUGUGAAAGCUGGAGAAUUAGAAAAAAUAAUAAGUCGCUGUCAGGUGUGCAUGAAGACAAGAUACUGAGGAAAUCAAAGAAAGCAGAACUACGGUUUUCAUCCUAAAGAACAAAGUAAUGUCUCAGAACACGCUUUCAUUCAGGUGUUUUUCUCUAACCAAACGAUAUUGCUCUAGGAUGGCUUAGUACAAAGUUUCAAUCUGUUUCCCCACACAACAGAGCAUUUCUUUUAAGUUAGUUCUGUGAUCUUGGCCUCUAAAUCUGUGUUAUUUCAAAGUUCCCAGCAGCAAGGCAGCAACUUUCACAAAGGAUCACUGAAAACCUAUUCCACUUCUAUCCCAAGCACUAUCAAAAUGGUGACUGUCUACACUCUGAAUGCUUCAAGUUAAGAAAUAUUUCGUUUGCUCGAUUCCCAACAUUUGUCUUUUUCUCUUCCAGUCUUUGAGACUCAGGGAGGCUAUAUCAGUCUUAGAUUGCCCAGUCACCCCUGCACUUGACACCUGAGUAGAGAAUGGGGGCAGGUGGAAGACUGAGGCAUCAGGAAUAAAACUGGACUUUCAGACCUGUUGAGUAACCUAAGGCCUAAGGGAACACAGGAUUGAACUGAGGUUCAUGGAUUUUCCAGGAUGCUUUCAAACUUAUCCAAGACUAAAGGCAAAAGGGGAUUCCCUGAAUGGAACCAUAAUAGCCUUGGACAUGCUGUAUGGUUUUGUUUUGUAUUUUUUCAAAGAAAUUUUUGGGUUUUUUUUUAUUGACUUCAUUUCAUGGUAGCUAUAAAGCUUGCUUGUAUUCAAGGUAGAUAAAAAUUUCCCCUACUAAAUUAAACUUAACAGGAUAUUGUUACACACAUACUAUAAAAUGUGUUUAACUUUAACUUCUCUUUUGCCAGCACACACAAACGAGGACACUACUUAUGAGUUGAGCACUUUAUCGCCCUCCCUAUAAACAAUGGUGCAUACCUUAUUUAAGUGCAUAGUUCAAUACUCCUCCAUGGAAGAACUUCAGGCACUUGUUGGCUUAUCAGGCUCAGAAUAUUUUUUCUUUGCUCUAAAUAUU